GUAAACUUUAUUCAUGGGAGGAAUUCUUGUAAUGAAGGAAAAAAAAGUUUUUCUUUUUUCAAUUUAUUGUUUAAAGAAAUAAGAAAUGAAUGAAAAUCUUUUCCAUGUGAAUGUUAUAUUAUCAAUUACAAUGUAAUAAACUCUCAAUUCUCUAUCAUCAUAAUCAUCAUAUCUACUUAAUUUCGCCUUGGAACUUAUCAAGCGAUCUGGUCAGUAAAAAAAAACGACCAUGAAUCUCAGUGAAAGUGUUGGAUUCUUUGAGCUGGACUCACAUUCCCAAAACAAUCUGACCCUUGAAAACUACUUUGAACUUGCCCUUAGUGAACCUUUGCAAAUAUUUUUAAUCUGUUUGUACAGUUUGACCGCUUUACUUGCCUUCGGGGGUAAUAUAACCGCUAUUUGGGUUCUAAUGGCGGGUAAAAGAUCAUCCAAGGAGUUAAGAAUCUUUCUGGUUAAUCUUGCAGCUUCCGAUAUUACGAUGGCCCUUUUUUCAAUUCCAUUCACUUAUACCUCAUACAUGUUAAAUCGUUGGAUAUUCCAUCCAUUGUUUUGUCCCUUUGUUCAAUUCAUGACACUUUGUUCAGUAAUCGUCAGUGUUUACACACUAACAGCGAUAGGAAUUGACAGGUAUUGUGCGAUUAUGAAUCCAUUCAGCUCAACAAAUUGGACCAAAGCUCGUGGUAAACUGACCGUUGGUCUAAUAUGGUUCUUAGCAUUAUCCCUUUCAUCAGUUCAAAUAAUCCACAGUAAAGCAGUUCCAGAGUAUUUUGGUAAUGAAACUUUCUACAUUUGUCGUGAAAUUUGGCCAUCACCUUUAGCCGAAAGGACAUACACUGUGGCCAUUUUUUUGAUAACCUUUAUCCUUCCCAUGAUAAUUUUAGUAUAUACAUAUACAUGUAUCGCUUGGAAAAUGUUAAAUCACAUCUCCCCUGGAAAUGCAAAUGCUGCAAGAGAUGAAGCUCAACUCGAAGCCAAAAUGAAGGUAAUCAAAAUGUUGGCUGUUGUUGUGAUAUUAUUUGCUGUAUGUUGGCUUCCUCUUCAUAUCUUUAAUAUCCUUUACUGGUUCGAGGUUCCAAUCUUUGACCCAGGAAGUGAUACCGGGUUUUACCUUCAUAAUGGCCUUUUUUUCCUCUGCCAUUGGCUCGCAAUGGCCAAUUCGUUUCUCAAUCCGAUUAUCUAUUGUUUCAUGAGCGACAAUUUCCGGAAUGAUCUGGAAGUUCUGGUUCAGUCCUGUUAUUGUUUCAACUCCAAACGUUUACAAUCGUGUCGAUCUCAUGGUUUCCGACCGAUUAGCGGUGAAAAUUCAAUCGGAAGUUCAUUCAAAACUACAACUAUUGUCCUUCGAACCACUUCGAUAAAGGUCAAUAACAGCACCAAUGUACAAAGCUCUAGUAAAGAAAUUGUCACUAAUUCAAAUGAACGAAAGACUGACCAAGUAGAAAUGGAUAUCGAACAAGAUUGACCUCGAGAAAAUUGGACCAAUUAUACUCAGGACGAAACUUGCAACCAAAACAAAAAAAAGAAGGUUUGAUUUGUUCAUGAUAAACUUCAGGGAAUUCAUUUAAGGAAUUAAUAUCUUCAACUAAAAGGUACAAUUAACUCUGUAAAUUGUGAAAUUAUCCCAACAAUUUGUAUUAUUAUUUUAUUCAAAAUAAAUGAUCAACCCUUUGAA